AUUCGCGGCAGUUGAAAUUAUCUGAACGAAGCAGAAGCCAGCCAUUCGAUUGAACGACGUUGAAACGACCAAAUGUAACAAUCGCCUGGCAAUGGCUUUCGAAAAACACAUGUAUUACGAUUUAAAAAUACUAUUUCUGAUGCUCAUCGGUCUCCCGCUGAUAGCAUCGACGAAUAUCGACUGCGGUGGAAAAUCUUUCCACUGUUUGAAUUCGACUCAUUUUAUGAUAUGUGUGGACUUGGGCGGCGGCGUGUCGACCACUGUAGACGACUUCGUGAUACCAUGCCCUCCACCGACUGUGUGCCUCCGCAGCAAUCGGUUCGAAUGUGAAUUCCCAGUCAGAACCACUCCGGCACCAACAGUCUUGCCCCUAGAAUUGACAAAUGAACCUGAAGUAAUUACGGAAGCUUGGGAAUCGAUUGCUGUUACUACGGUGUUGCCGACCACCGAAGUUGAACAGCAUUUAGAACUGCACACUGUGAAUAUAACCCAAGAUCUAACAGAUACAACAGUGAUACCACUAGAUACAGUUGUGAACACAACGGAAAUAAGUCCCGAUACCAAUACCGUAACAAUAUUGGGAAACUUGUUAAAUGAAACAACUGCAGGAAAUACAGCUGUUGGUGAUAUAGGUACUGCAGUUACAGUAGAACCUGUUCCACCAGAAACAUACGGCCUCACAACAGAAAAUACGUUAACCAGUGAUGUUUUUAUAAUUCCAUUAGAAACAUAUAAUAUAAACAGGACCAAAAAAAGUAAUAUUACGACGGAUUAUGUUACUGAAUCUAAUAUAGUCACAACUACGGAAUUUAUCAUAACAAACACUCCGUCAACAGACGCCGAUUUGUUAAAUAGUUAUAUUGAAGGUGGACAAUUACUCGAAAUAAAAGAAAAUGAAACUAUUGGAAUCGACAAAGCAGAUACAACGGUUAUUACAGUUCUUCCGACUAUUGAUGAUUUUACCAGUGUAAUUGAACGAGUUGUAGAAAUUGUGAGUACAAAAUCUGAAGGUGCUGUGUUGAGUGAAGUAACAACUGAAGCCGUCAGUUUAUUGAAUAAUCUUAUAAGUUCAGAUUCAACUGUGAGUGUGACCAAUAAUAAUACAGUGGAUAGACCGGAACCUACAUUUAUCGAUGCUACUACAAUAAUAAGCGACACUGUUCUAGAAAACACGAAGUUUGUAGAUACAUUGAAAAUCGACACUGAAUCACUAAACGUAACAUCAAAAUCCGAAGUAAGUGUUGAGACAGUUCCUAGUGCUACCACUUCGUCCAGUGCUUUAAACACUGAUAGUAUUGUAUAUACUACAAGUACACUUAUAGAUGCAGCUACUGAUAAACCAUCAGAACCUGAAGUAAGUGCUGAAUUUGCUCUUAGUUCUACCGUUUCUUCAACUGUAUCAAAGGUAUCUAUAACAGAAGCAUCUGCAGGUACAGGUCAUAACAAUGGAAUAUCCAAAAACGAUAGCGAACCACUGAGUUUACCACCAAAACCUGAUAGAAGUGCUGAAUCUAUUCUUAGUUCUACCGUUUCUUCAUCUGUAUCAGAUGUAAAUAAAUCGAGAGUAGACAAUAUUGUAUUUAUAACAGCAGCAUCUGCAGGUGCAGGUUUUAACAAUGGAGUAUCUAAAAACGAUAGCGAUUCACCGAGUUUAUCACCAAAACCUGAUUUAGGUUUAAAAGUUAAACCAUCAGAAUCCUAUGUAACUGCUGAACCUAAACUGAGUUCUACCAUUUCUUCAACUGUAUCAAACGUAAAUGAAUCGACAGUAAACGAUAUUGUAUCUAUAACAGAAGUAUCUGCAGGUGCAGGUUUUAACAAUGAAAUAUCUAAAAACGAUAGCGAUUCACUGAGUUUAUCACCAAAACCUGAUUUAGGUAUAAAAGUUAAACCAUCAGAAUUUGAAGUAAGUGCUGAACCUACUCUGAGUUCUACCGUUUCUUCUACUGCAUCAAAUGUAAAUGAACCAACAGUAGACACUAUUGUAUCUAUAACAGAAGCAUAUGCAAGUGCAGGUUUUGAUAAUGAAAUAUCCAAAAACGAUAGCGAACCACUGAUUUUAUCACCACAACCUGAUUUAGAUUUAAAAGUUACUCCUAGUGAUUCUAUUUUACAGACUGAAACAUUGAUAAAUGAAUCAAAUAUUGAUGGCAUCGAAUCUACAACAGUAAAAUAUGUAGGUGCAGCUGUUGACUAUGAAACUUUAACAGUGGGUACUGAAUCAUUGAGUACAUCAUUGCAACCUGAAGGAAGUGUUGAGACUAUUCCAAGUGCUACUACUUUAUUGAAUACGUCAAGUCUAAACGAAUCUGAUAUUGGUAACCUUGAAUCAGCUUCUGAGGCAACUGUAGAUGAUGCUAGCUUGAUAAGUACAUCUACAAUUCCUGUGACAAAUACGGCGCCACUAAGUACGACAGAGACAAUAAUCACACCUAUCUACGGUGUUGUGACUGAAACAGCAGAAUAUCUUACUAUCUCCCCUAUUAAUGAAACUGUGGAUGUACCUAAAGUUGAACAUACAGUAGCAUUGACUACCAUAUCAGAUGCAGAUGUUAAUGUAAUCAAUAACAAUACAGAUACCAUCACGAUCUUACCUGAACAAUUGCGACCGAUAUCAACAAAUCAUGUAUCGACAGAAGAAAUUGUGAGUCAUUCCACAGAGAGGUUAGAGUUGGUGGACGAAAUCAAUAAUUCCUCUACUAUAGAGCCAGAAAAUAUUACGCCUUCAAUCGAAAUUACAACGGUAACAGGAAAGGAAACUGUCUUUACAGUAGCGGUCACAUCUGUAACCACACCAAUAGAUAGUUCGACAAGUGAACUGCCAACAACAGAUUUGGGUGAAAUCAUUUUGCCAGAAAUCGCUGUUGUGACUGAAAGCACAGUAUACAUUACGACUAUUUCUGACACCAAUAAAGUUGUAAUUGAAACUGGCACGGAGGCAGUUACUGUAGAAUCUACACAUACAACGGGUUUGACGGAAGGCUUUUCUAACAAUGAUAUAAAUAAUAAUAUUACUGAAAGUGCUCCUGACAAUCUGACAACGGAACGUGGUACUGAUACUUUGUCAACACCUACUACUACUUUUGUUUUGGAAUUAACUAAACCAAAUGUAUUCAUAGACAAACAAGUAAGCCAAAAUAAUAUAAGUGAUAUCACUACGACUACAGUAAGGGACCAAGAAAUUAUAGAGAUGAAAGUCCAAGAAAACACACUAAGCGUUGAUAGUGAUAACCAAAUAAGCAACCAAACGCAGAAUAAUGAAGUUAAUGAAUUUAUUACAAAACCCUCUACCAUUGGCUUGUCCAUUGAAUCUAUUACUGAUAAUAUUCAAAUUUCAACGGAUAACCCCAUUGUUGACACAACUUUGGCAGAGUCAAACACAAUAGCUUCAGAUUUUACAAAUUGGCACUCAACACUACCAGAACUUGCUUAUGAAACAAGUUCGACAUCUUCUCCUAGUACUGUUUCCGAAAUAAAUGAGGCAGGACAAGUACAAACAACUUCAUCAUCAGAUACUUUUCUUGUUCUUGGAGUCUCACAAAAUAAAGAAGCGAUUGUUGAAAAUACUGGAAUAAAUUCACAGAUACAUCAAGAAAGUAUAGGUACUGGAGAGCCUAAUGCAGCUGUUACAAAUUAUAUUAAAGAAGAUUUGCAAGCAGAAACACCCUUAGUAACAGCCCGUGUAUCAAACCAUGUUACUGUAACAGAAACCGUUACAAAAGCAGACAAGACUGUUACAGCAAGUGUGGCACAGACUUUGGAAACUGUUAGCACAGCAAAAUCAGAUAAUGUUAUUACAACAGAUUCUUAUGAUGCCUACAAUUUGAAAUCUGAUGAUGUAUCUACAUUUACGACAGAAAAAAUAUUGGAGCGAACUCAACCUGUGUCUGAUGGUAUAACUAGUGUAGACAAAGACGCCACAAACCUACUUGAAAAUGUUUUAUCGACCGGAACAACCUCUACAGAAUUACCCGUGCCUACAAAAAUCUAUGAAAUCGAAGAAAGUGAAAGAAUAACAAACCAAUCGACAUUGAGCCCAGUGAUAGACAUUGUCGUACCUUUGGAAACUAUAUCCACGGAUGAAGCAUCGCCCACUGUAACAACAGAAAUCUAUGUAAUAUCAACACAAUCACCACUAAAUAUAGAUGAUACAACUUUAUUAGAAGGCGAUGGAACAAACGUUAACAAUACAAAUAAAUCAACAUCUUCUUCAAUAAAUGUUAAAAAUGAAAUUAAUGCUUUAGAAAAUAUUUUACUCAACGGGACAUCAUCUGUGAAGAAAGAAGGCAAUUUAUUAACAGAUGUUAGUAGUAGUAAUGUUACUGAUUUCAAUACUCUGAACAAUGAAGCUAACUUUUCAGAAAGCAUUGUAAUAAAUGGAUCUGUCGUAUCUACCUCUAAAGGAUCUUCAUUAGAUUCUUUAAUUGUUGGAAAUAGUGAAUCAAAUCCGUUAGAAAAUGUUUUACUGAACACGACUGCUAGUGAUACUUCUUUUAAGGGAUCAUCUACUAGUGAAAUACCAGACAGUAGCGUAUUAGCAGAAAACGGCGGAAAUAAUUCGAAUAUAUCUGAGUUACACAACGUUAUACCUGAAAAUCAAGAAGUAACUCCCUUAAAAAAUCAUUUACUAAACGGGACGUCUACAGUUAUUUCUAAAGGUUUAUCUGCAGUCAAUGAAAAUGGUAUAUUAACAAAAACAAAUGUAUCUAAUCCUUUAGAAAAUCUUUUAUUGAACCGCACUAAUGCAGGAAGCACAUCAAUAGCAAAACUAGUAUCUGCUAAUGAAACUAAUCCCUUAGAAAAUCUUUUACUGAAUGGAACCAACGAAGGAAACGUAUCGGUAUCAAAAUUCCUAACUGCCAACGAAUCUAAUCCUUUAGAAAAUCUUUUACUUAACGGCACUAAUGCAGGAAGUACAUCAAUAUUAAAUCUUGUCUCUGCUAAUGACUCUUAUCUCUUAGAAAAUCUUUUACUGAACGGAACUAACAGUAUAUCAGUACCAAAACUUCCGACUGUUAAUGACAAUGAAUUUAAUCCUUUAGAAAGUCUUUUAUUGAAUAAGACAAUUGAAACUUCUUUCAACGCACCACAAUCUACAAACAAUGAUGAGAUCUCAUUAUCAAAAAUUGCUGAAAAUCCAUUGAAAAAUACUAUUCUGAACGAGACUAAUCCUGAAGGAACAACGCUCUUGAAUGUAAACGAAAGCGCGUUGCCAGAAAGUGAAGUAUUAGGUUCUACGAUUGUAUCAGUUUCCGACGGUGUUGUCACAAUACAAUAUAGUUCUACAGACGCCGUGAGUGCAGUGGACCAUAUAACUGCCACUGAGCAAACGCUGGCAGUAAAUACAUCGAUAGAACCAAUAACCACUUCUCAAGGGUUUAAUGUUAUGCAGACAGCAUCAAUAUCAAAUGAUAAAAAUACAGACACAAUUCGAACUGAAGUAAUUUCCGGAAGUAAUGAUCCUCAAAGUACAGAAUCAGAUGCGAAUACAAUCCACGGUCAAGGCAAAGCUGAUAAUCCGAAUACAGAUUCCUCAUCGCUGAACAACCAGGUUAGUACACUAUAUACCCAAGAAUCUAUUUAUACAACAACUCCGAAGAUAAUUAUUGAACAGACAGAAAAUGUAGAGUCUUUUACUACCACAGUAAAAUCAACUGCUUUAUUACCAUCAGCAUACCCUACGACAAUAAGACAAAAUGCAUUAAGCCCUAACAGUGAACUAAAUAACUCACAAUCGAUUGGUAGCAUCAGUGAAACUGCAAUUGUCAACAAUUUGAAAGAAAUCAAUCUUCCUGGAGAGUUCUUUAUCGACGUGGAUUUACGUACCGAUAAGUUAAACCCACUAGUAAGUACAACCACAUCAGUAUACGACAAACAAAGUGAAGGAUAUUUGACUCCAACGGCAGAAGUUAUAAACGAAACGGCAAAGCAAACAUCAACAUCGCAGAUUACAAAUGAAAAAAGUAAUGUGGAGGUUAGCAAAAUUAACACAGAACAAAUUGUAGUACCAGAUGAACAUAAAAACGCACCUAUUACAGUUGCUCUGACAACUACAACUGUAUCACCUUUGUCAACCACUGCACGUAAUGCGAGUGAGGUUCAAAUCAAUACCUUAGAAUCGCAUUCAACGACAUCACCAGUUCAGACACAGGUUACAUCUAAAAAUCCCGCAAAAAAUACCAUAGUCAACAAAUCAAGCUCAAUUAAUGUAAAUACAGACAAAGUAACGGAUUCAUUGCCAAGCAAUAGUAAAGUAAACAAUGUAGGUUCUGUGACAACUUCUCUAAAUAAUACUAUGACAAAGUUAUCUGACAACGAUCAACAAAUCUCGCACACUGUUGUUUCGAACAUAUUUACCAACGACGAUAAAGUUACCGAAGAACAGAUGCAGCCUGUUUUUAAUGAUACACUGUCGUUAACUCAAAAAGAGACGAAAAAAGGCAGUAUUAAAACUUCGCCAUAUAUAGAAGAUAGCACGAUGAAGCUUGCUAUAACGUUGCCUGUCGAAGCUGCUUCAGAUAUUAAUACGCGAACAACUGCAAAAUCGCAUGUAGAGCUUGAACGAAAGACGGUUACACGGGUAGUUACAGAAAACAGUUCUAUGAAACCCACAACGUCUAUAACUAGUAGUAGUCAGGAGACUUCUACCAUAACACCGGUAUUCAAUUGCCAAUCACGUCCCACGGGCAGAUACGCUGACAAAGAUGACUGUAGAAAGUUUUAUAUCUGCAGCGGAAUAACACGACCUAUUACAGGGCUGUGCCCAGCUAACACUGUUUUCAGCGAAAUCAGGAAGCAAUGCACUAAGAAUCUAUCACACUGCAUAAGAAGGAAUGAAUUUAAGUGCGUGUCACCAGGCAGAUUUAGCGAUUAUUCAAGGCAAAACAUAUAUUACAUUUGUGUUCAAAAAGACCAUACAUUCCUGAGAUAUAAAAUGCAGUGUCAAAAUGGUUAUCAUUUAAAUAGAGCUACAGUAAGAUGUUAUAAGAUACCAGAAGUGUCGAACCAGGCGAUAUCUGUUGACAAGUCUCAGAGCACGAGCGACAAGAAUAAGAGUGAAAAGCAUCACGGUAGGAGUGAAAAAAAUCAGAGCACAAAUGAGAAGAAUCAAAGCGUGAGUGACAAAAAUCACAGCACUAGUGAAAAGAGCCAAAGCACGAGUGAAAAGAAAUCUAAAGAAAAACAUAAGACUGAGAGUCAUAAGAAAUCAAAAAGUAAAAGUGAAAUCGAUUUUGAGUGUGAGGAAGAAGGGAAGUUCCCUCACCCUGAUAAUUGUAGAAAGUACUAUGUAUGCUCUAAAAGUAACCGAUCUAAGGAAUUUCGCAGAAAAUAUAAGAAAUGUGACUCAGAUGAAGUUUUCAACAAAAAGAAGAAGAAAUGCGUAGACGAAGAUAGCUAUGAAUGCUCGUAAUUUUAACAAUAUUAACCUGAUACUACCUGUAAAUACAUUUUUUUAGGAUUUAAAUUGAAAUAAAUGUACAUUCUUUUUAAGCAAAUUAAUUUAUUGUUGUUUUUUGUACCUACUAGUUAAUAAGUUAUUUUUAAGUACAAAUGAAUAACUAAUUAGUUAUAAAAUAAAGUUGUUUACAUUUC